AUGCCCCGUCCGGGCCGCAACACGUACAGCGACCAGAAGCCGCCCUACUCGUACAUCUCGCUGACGGCCAUGGCGAUCCAGAGCUCGGCCGAGAAGAUGCUGCCGCUGAGCGAGAUCUACAAGUUCAUCAUGGAGCGCUUCCCCUACUACCGGGAGAACACGCAGCGCUGGCAGAACUCGCUGCGCCACAACCUCUCCUUCAACGACUGCUUCAUCAAGAUCCCGCGCCGGCCCGACCAGCCGGGCAAGGGCAGCUUCUGGGCGCUGCACCCCAGCUGCGGGGACAUGUUCGAGAACGGCAGCUUCCUGCGGCGCCGCAAGCGCUUCAAGGUGCUGAAGGCCGACCCGCUGGCGCCCUCCAAGCCGCCCCCCGAGGCCGCCCACUACCUGCAGGCCCAGGCCAAGCUGCGCCUCGGCGCCCUGGCCGCCGCCGCCGCCGCCUCCUCCGCGCCGCUGGGCCCCUACGGGCUGCCCGUCCCGCCGCCCUCCGGCUUCAAGCACCCGUUCGCCAUCGAGAACAUCAUCGCCCGCGAGUACAAGAUGCCCGGCCCCGGCGGCGGCGGCGGCGGCGGGGGGGGGGCGGCGCUGCCCUUCUCUGCCAUGCCACCCGGCCCGGCCGCCUACCCGCUGCCCAGCCAGCUGCCCCCCGCCUGGCCCCACGUCUACAGCUCCGCCGGCGUCCUGGACCCGGCCGCCCCUAUCGCCAUGGCCGGCGGGGACUACGCGGCCGCCGCCGCCGCUGCCGCCGCCGCUUACGGGAUGCCGCUGAAGCCGCUGUGCCACGGCGGGCAGACGCUGCCGGCCAUCCCGGUGCCCAUCAAGGCCACGCCGGCCGCCGCCGCCGCCGUGCCGGCCCUGCCCGCGCUGCUGUCCAACUCGCCGCCCUCGCUCAGCCCGCCCUCCACGCAGACGGCGCCAAGCCAGGGCAGCCCCGCCACCCCCAGCGAGACGCUCACCGGGCCGCCCUCCGUCCUGCACGCCGUGGUGGCGGUCCACUGA